AUGCCGGGUCCACGCUCCUUCCGGAGCGUCCAGCAGGGCGGCGGACCGCCGUCACCGAGCCUGAGCUCGACGACGCGCGCCUCGCUCGAUUUCCCAUCUCGCCCCGCCGUGCUCAUCACCCGCGCCGACCUGCGCAACUCGCUCAACGCCUACGAGAAGCUGCUCACCUCGGCCAAGGCCUACACCAACACGAUGCUCGCCAUGGCCAAGGCGUCGUCCGACUUUGCCUGCGCCCUCGAGGAGUGCGCCCGUGUCAAGGGCGCCCACGACUCUGGCGCGGGCCUCCAGGCCGCCAGCGGUCUCCACUUCCUCAAGAGCAACUAUGAGCAGGUGCUCUGCGACACCUUCUGGAAAGAUUUUAGCAUCCCCCUGCUCAGCCACUACGACACCUACCGCGCCGCGUGCAACGACCGCCAGCUCGCCCACGACAAGGCCAUCACCGAAAAGAGCAAGCAGCUCAAGGAGGCCGAGGCCCGCAACAUGCGCACGGGCAGGCGCAAAGAGCGCGACCUCAACCAGUUCCGCCGCGCGCUCCAGGAGCUCCAGGCGCACGUCGACGAGCUCGACGAGCUAAAGGCCCACUAUUACCACGAGGUCCUCGAGUCCGAGGAGGAGGUUUGGGAGUUUAUCUCGAGCAAGGUGGCGCUCGUCGUCCGCUCGCAGAUCGAGAUCUCUGAGCGCAUCAGCUCAAAGGGCCUCUCGGACCCCAUCCUCGAGCCCAUGCUCUCGGCCAUCCCGGACCCCUUUGGCUCGUAUGGCCCGCCGAAGCAGGACGACCAGAUCUUCAGCAUCCUGCCCCCGACGUCGCUGCUCUCUUCUGCCGCCAACUCGAUCCACGGCGUCGUGCCCGAGGGCGCCCCCAGUGCGCCCACCGCAGGCGCACAGUCGUACGCCGCCAACGGCGCUCCCGCAUCGUCGACCAUCAGCCCGGCCAGCCUAAUGUCGCCGACGACGCCGUCCAGGGGCCUCUCGCGGCCUGCCAACGGCAGCAGCAGCGCCGCCUCGCCCUCGAUGGUGGGCCAAUCGCCCCAAGCCGAGGCCACGCCCACACAGGCCCGGCAUUCCAAGCGCGGCUCGUCCUCGAGCGCAGGUGGCCACGGACACGGCGAGCGCGUCCACGGCCAUGCUCCGCAGCUCUCGGCCAUUUCGGAUGCCACCACCUCGGUCGCCACUUCGGAGUCGAGCGUGGCGACAACGGGCCUGUUCGGCAGCGAGAGCAUGGACUUUGAAGAGCUGCUCGAUCGCGACCGGGAGAAGAACCGCGAUAGGAGGGAGCGUGAGGCGGCAGAUCCGGGCGAUAUCGAUUCGGCGACGGCAGCGACGGCCUCGAGCACAUCGAGAAGCGGAAAUGGGAGCGGGGUCGGCAUCGGUGCCGUCUCGGCCGCGGCGAGCCGGUUGCAGAACGUGCUGAGUAUCAUCGACGAGGAUGCGGGCGGACCGCUGGCCACUGCUCCAUCGAUGCGGUCCAAGACGCCCGAGCCCGAGGACGAGGAGGCGGAAGGACAUGGUGACCGAUCCUUGGACCGCGUCGCUCCAGACGCGGACGCAGGGUCACAGGCGGAUGGGUCGCACUUUGGCAAUGAGCCAUCCUUGACGGAACAGGAGCAACUAGCGACGACGGACGACGGGGACCAUGCCAAGGCCGCGCCGUCCGACACCGAGGGCGAAGGUGCCAACAUGGCAGAGAGGCGGCAAGCAUCCUCGGCCGCGUAG